UCCUCUCUCUCUGAGCGGAGGAGGUUGAAACCCAAACACCUUGGUGCCGCCGCCGCCAGUGAAAUCUGGUUACAAAUCCUAACCUGCUCGACAGUUUGUUUUUAGGACUUGCACGAAUUGUCAAGCCUAGUUCCAGCAGUUUCCCCCCUGAUUAAAGAAAGCGGAGUUGUCCAGCGGGAAAAGGUAACAUUAAUGUGACGCUAGGCUGCUAACGUUACCCAACGCUAACUCUUUGACAUCCACUAAACUGGUGGAGUUGCUGUGAAAUUAUGUACUCAAACAGGUCUGAGUACAGGAGGCAGCACAGUGACAGAAGUUCAAGGCAGUGGGAAGAUUAUGAUGACAAAUGGGAAGAAAGGCGUGAACCUCCCAGAGAUGUACAGCGUGAUUCUUAUCAUAAAUAUGGUGGGGAUGGACAAAGUAGCAUACAGAAGACAAGCCGAAGUAGGGAGUACAGUGACUCGCCCAAGAGGCUGUACAGUAAAGACCCAUUGAACAGAGACUGGAGCAGAAAGAGCCCAGUAAGGAGACGCAUGUCUUCACCUGAUUGGGCUGCUUCUGAAAAGAAAAGGCGAAUGAUUGCACAGGAUGAUGAAAAAGAAUACAGAUACAGGCGUGAGCCUGAAGAUAAAACUAGCAGAAAGUCACCAGACAAUUUUUCACGUGCAUACAUAACCAAGAACCUUAAACAUACACUACCACAGGAAGAGGAUUUCAAAUACAGGAAAACACCUCAAGACUCCAGACACCGAUAUCGAGAUGAAGAGAUCACCUACAGGGAACAACAUGAUGAUUUUACUUGCCGGGAGUCUUUCGGAUAUACCAAAGCCAGGGAUGGUCAUGAAAGGAGCCGGGGCUGUUCACGAGAGAGGACACGAUCACAAGAACGCUCUACAAAGAGUUAUGCCAAACCCAGAGAGAGGAAUGACAGCCCAGAUCAUGAGGAUCAUCGUCAAAGCAAAAGAACACAUUUUCCACUGAAUGGAUCUAGUGGACAGUCCUUUGAGAGUGAUGUCACCAACCAAUUUGCUGCUGUUCCUGAGCAGAAGUCGUCAACCAAGGGUUUCCAGCGUUUCCUCGACGUGCUCAACAAGGGUGUGAAUGUCGCCAUGCUCACCAAGAUAGUGAAUCAGAACGCUACAGAAGUGGAUGAUCCACCGCAUUCUCCAACUUCUUUCAUGAGCACUGCAGAUCGUCUGUGGUCUCCCAGUUGUGCUGGGAGGCAACAGGAAAACCACCAAAAUACCAGCCACUGGAGUGAGAGCGAGGGAUCCCAGAGACUGGCUUCUCCACACCCUCGUCACAGGUCCUUCAGCCCAAAUGGGGGCGCUCUGUCUGAUGUGAAGUCUCUGCAAAGGGGUGAGGGAGAACAAAGCUACUUAAGCUCCAACAGUAGAUCCGGGUCUCCCUCAGUGAUGGAAAAGAUAACACUGACACCUGAAGAUGAGCACAAGCACAGGCAAAUGCAGGAUGUUCUGCAGGCUAUUGGCUUGAAUUUAGGAUUUGAGGAACUGGGCCAAAUGUCACAUCGGAUCCAGGAGCGGUUAUACGGAAAGAAGGAUAGUGACCGUGGCCAUGGUAGAGGAAGCAGGGAAUGGGACACAAGGCGGGCGCUUUCACCAACACCACAAAGUAGAUCAUCCUCAAGCAGGUCUAGUUUUAGCCCUUCAACUCGGGAAUAUUACAAGAAAAAAGACUCCUAUAGUGCUAAGAGGGAUGUAACACAGGCACAGCCAGCUGUAGACUAUGGUCAGCAGAGCAGCAGUAGCACUUUACCAGAUAGUAAGAAAUGUGAAACUAACUCCCGGCAAAGCAUUGCUACAUCUCCAGCAUUUUCUCCAAAUCCAACAUACACUUUGUCAAAACCAUCUCCUUCACCUGUGAUGCCAGUGUACUCUCCAGUAAACUGCUUACAGGCACAGCCAGCUGUAGAUUAUGGUCAGAAUAGCAGCAGUAGCACUUUAAAGGAGAGUAAAAACUGUGAAACUAACUCUCAGCAAAGCAUUGCUACAUGUCAAGCAUUUUCUCAAAAUCCUACAUACACUCUAUCAGAGCCAUCUCCUCCACCUGUGAUGCCAAUGUACUCUCCAGUAAACUGCUUUCCACUGCCAUACCCAGCUCUGCCUCCUAACCUGCCCCAUGUUAGACCUGGGCUUUUCUUGCCUCGCCUGCCUCCCUUCCUCCCUUACCCCUGCGUCCCACCUUUAAACAUGUUCCCUGCUGUACUGGCUCAAACGAGGCAUUUAGUCCCGCAACACCUGAGUAAUCCUCGGCCACACUUUUUUAACUUUCCAGAUACUAAUCCACCUCAGCCUCUGAACACCAUACAGAAACCUAAAACCAUGUCAAGACCCCGCUGUUUGCAGGUUAUUGAAACCACACAACCGGGAUGAAGACGGUUGCAUAGGGGGGAAAUCUGAUUGAAUCUUCAUUUGGGCCUUCAGGGAGUCUCGUUUGAACCACAAAACAAAACACUAAAUCAGCAUUGCACAUGCGCAAGCAACCUGUCCAGCAGCAACAAAAAGCAAGGCCAGAAAUGAGGAAAUCGACAGUGAACAGUUGUUGACCAUAGACAAACCUAUAGGUGUUGUUUUGUUCAGUCUGUUCUUAUAACAAUACAAUAUCAUGCUAAAGAAAACAGUGUUAAUUGAUUUUUGAAAACUUUUGUUUUAUAAUUUUCUUAUUCAUAAUUUGUUAAAACAUGAUGUUAUAUGUUUUUGUUGAAAGUAUAUUUGUCUGCAGAGAUCUCUCGUAGGAUACAGGCCUUUUAUCCUAGUGAAAUUGCGCCAUAGUCAGCUGUUUAAGUCUUCUGAGGGUAAUCUACGUCUACAAGAGUCAUUUAAAGGAUAAAUUUUCACAUAUUUUGGUUUUUACUAGUAGGUACAAAAGAUUUUGGAAUCCGUGCAGUAGAUGGCUGCAGCUGCCGUGGCUGCAACAUACUCCAGGUCAAUUCUGCCCGUCAAAUUGACUUCGGCAAAAAUGCUGCUUUUUGCCACAUAUGUCUACUGGCUGUUAAUUGUAGGGAUCCUUUCAUGACACCUUCUUCACCUUAAACCUUCAUUGUGACGGGCACGAUGGCACAACUGCCUCAAAGGAAUAUUGCAGCCGGUUCACUAAACCAUCUACUGCAUGGAUUCCAAAACUCUCUGUACCUACUGGUAAUUUCAUCACCAAAAUAGUUGAAAAUAAGGCCCAGGGUUAAAAAAAACCCCACAAUGAUCCUUCAAGCUUCUGUGUUUUCUGUCUUUGUGUACACAUGCAGGAAAUUGUGUAAAUAUUUGAAUUGCAUAAUAUUAAACACAAUGAUUCUAAGUAAAUUGUGAA